AUGACGCUGAACGCCAAAGGAGUCACCGCCUUAGAGAGACUUCACAGCAGCGCAGUAUCCGUUGGCAAGCAAACGCAGAGCAACAACGACGGAGGCGACAGAACGAAAACGAGGAGCAACGUUUGGUCAGACGCUCAGCUAAUGCAGCGCUUCAGGAAAAUAGACGCCAAAGCGAAGACGUUGAAGAGCGUUUUGCUCGGCAGAUGGCAAAUGCAGACCGCCAGCAAAGAAGACGCCAAAGUGAGAACGAUGGCCAGCGGUCUGCAAGACUACUGGAGAACUCACAACGCCAGCAAAGGAGACGCCAAAGUGAGAACGAUGAACAGCGAUCUGCAAGACUUCUGGGGAACUCACAACGCCAGCAAAGGAGACGCCAAGAUGAGAACGAUGAACAGCGGUCUGCAAGACUACUGGGGAACUCACAACGCCAGCAAAGGAGACGCCAAAGUGAGAACGAUGAACAGCGGUCUGCAAGACUACUGGGGAACUCACAACGCCAGCAAAGGAGACGCCAAAGAUGAGAACGAUGAACAGCGGUCUGCAAGACUUCUCGGGAACUCACAACGCCAGCAAAGGAGACGCCAAGAUGAGAACGAUGAACAGCGGUCUGCAAGACUUCUCGGGAACUCACAACGCCAGCAAAGGAGACGCCAAAGUGAGAACGAUGAACAGCGGUCUGCAAGACUACUGGGGAACUCACAACGCCAGCAAAGGAGACGCCAAAGUGAGAACGAUGAACAGCGGUCUGCAAGACUACUGGGGAACUCACAACGCCAGCAAAGGAGACGCCAAGAUGAGAACGAUGAACAGCGGUCUGCAAGACUUCUCGGGAACUCACAACGCCAGCAAAGGAGACGCCAAGAUGAGAACGAUGAACAGCGGUCUGCAAGACUUCUCGGGAACUCACAACGCCAGCAAAGGAGACGCCAAAGUGAGAACGAUGAACAGCGGUCUGCAAGACUACUGGGGAACUCACAACGCCAGCAAAGGAGACGCCAAAGUGAGAACGAUGAACAGCGGUCUGCAAGACUACUGGGGAACUCACAACGCCAGCAAAGGAGACGCCAAAGUGAGAACGAUGAACAGCGGUCUGCAAGACUACUGGGGAACUCACAACGCCAGCAAAGGAGACGCCAAAGUGAGAACGAUGAACAGCGGUCUGCAAGACUACUGGGGAACUCACAACGCCAGCAAAGGAGACGCCAAGAUGAGAACGAUGAACAGCGGUCUGCAAGACUUCUCGGGAACUCACAACGCCAGCAAAGGAGACGCCAAAGUGAGAACGAUGAACAGCGGUCUGCAAGACUACUGGGGAACUCACAACGCCAGCAAAGGAGACGCCAAAGUGAGAACGAUGAACAGCGGUCUGCAAGACUACUGGGGAACUCACAACGCCAGCAAAGGAGACGCCAAGAUGAGAACGAUGAACAGCGGUUUGCAAGACUACUGGAGGACUCACAACGCCACCAGAGGCUACGACAAAAUGAGAACGAUGAGCAGCGAUCUGCCAGACUGCUGUCAAAUGCUCAACGUGAACAAAGGCGGCGCGAAAAUGAGAGUUCUGAGCAACGUUCAGCAAGACGCCCUGCAAACGCUGAGCGCCAACGAUUGCAACGACAGAAUGAACCAGAAGAACAGCGCGCUGAACGCUUACGCAACGACUCCGAAAGACAUAUUCGCCGUAAUGCCGCUCCUGAAAUGACAGGUUUAGCACUGCGUUCUCGCAUCACGGAUGUGAACUACCUUGGAGCACUAGAAAAUCGCUGUUCAAAUUGUGGAGCUUUGCACUUCGCCUUUGAAGUGAAGCGACAGCAUCCGUACAUUUUUUCUGAUUUCUGUGACCGAGGGCGAUUCAACUUGAAUCUGUUUGAGGAGUUUCCAGAGCAAUUAAAACAGCUCUUUGUGCGAGAUAGAGCGACUCCCACAGAGAUGACGCACCGUCAGCGCAACUUUCUUGAAAAUAUAAGAGCAUUCAACUCUGCUCUCGCGAUGGCUUCGAUGGGGGCUCAAGUUGACACAAUUUCUGGAAGGGGGCCAUAUUGUUACCGAAUUCACGGGCAAAUCUAUCACCGACUGGGUGCGCUUCAUCCUCACCAAGGGGAGCAACGUCAAUUCGGUCAAAUAUAUAUUCUAGACACUGAAAUGGCUGCCCAACAGCGCCUUGGGAAUAUGCGGAAUUCGGACUGCGACCCUAACCUCAUGCUGUUUUUGAGUGAAUGGUUUGCGCGUAACAAUGUCUACGCUCAAUCGUUUAAAAUGAUGAGCGAAGUGGAGCAAAUGGAAAUAGCGGCAGCCCAGCGAGAAAAUCGGCAAACCAUACCAAUUCGCAUGGUAUUCGAUGACAGCAGAGAGCGGGGUUUUGCAAGAAGAGAGUACGCUAUUCCUACUGCAAACGAAGUAGCAGUCGUAUACGUGGGUGAAGAAAACGACGUUCCUGCAAGAAGGAGUCUUGCGGUCCAUGUUCGACAGGCUGCAGGAUCAAAGUUGAUGAACAUCAGUGACAUAGAUAAACGAUGCGAUCUUCUCACGUAUCCACUGCUCUUUCCUACCGGUAGAGGUGGAUGGGAUCCGAACUUAGUUGAUAAUGACGGAGCUCGAAUCACUCAAAUGAAGUAUUACGCCCACCUGUUUUCCAUUCGUGAGUCUUUUAAUCCCAUUCUGCAUGCGGGUAAACUCUUUCAACAGUUCGCUGUUGACGCUUACGUCAAGAUUGAACAGAACAGACUAAACUACCAGAGGACGCAUCAGGUCGAUCUUCGUUCUGAUUCCUAUAGAGGGUUACAGGAUUAUCUGGCCGGUGAAGAUAGCCAUGGACCACCAGGUAGCAGAGUUAUCUUGGCGUCUUCACACAUUGGCAGUCCGAGAGCUAUGCAGCAAUCUUAUCAGGACGCCAUGGCCAUUGUAGCUCGAUACGGGAAGCCCACAUAUUUCCUCACUAUCACUUGCAAUCCACAAUGGCAAGAGAUUCAGGAAAACCUCUACAACGGGCAGGUUGCAUCAGAUGGACCUGAUUUGACAGCAAGAGUUUUCCACGGUAAAUUGCAAGAAUUGUGUAGUGAUCUCUUCAAAAAGCACGUACUCGGAGAAGUGGAGGGGUACGUGUACGUUAUUGAGUUUCAAAAGCGAGGGCUCCCUCACUGCCAUAUGCUCUUGAUAAUGAAGGAAGGAUGGAAAGUACGGACAGUGGAAGAAGUCGAUAAUGCUGUGAGCGCAGAGAUACCGAAUGGAGAAACGGAGCCAGACGCUCAUACGGCUGUUACUUCGUUUAUGCUUCACAGGAAAUGUGGGAUCGAAAAUCCUAAUUCGCCGUGUAUGCGUGAUGGGAAAUGCUCAAAACGUUUUCCGAAAGCGCUGCGCGAAGAAACAUCAAUGGAAGUGAACGGCUAUCCCAGUUAUCGGAGGCGCAACUGCACAACUGUUGAAGUCAGCGGUCACGAGUACAGCGAUGAGUGGGUAGUACCAACUAAUCUCUACCUACUUACUAAGUUCCAGUGCCACGUGAACUUAGAAAUAUGCGGUACGAUUUCUGCGGUAAAGUACUUAUACAAGUAUAUCUACAAGGGACCCGAUCGCGCACGGAUUAGCAUUGAAAGUGGAUCGGAUGGAGAAGGCAGUGCUGUUGUGGAUGAAAUUAAACAACAUCUCAAUACUCGGUACGUUUGUCCACCUCAGGCUCUCCACAGAAUUUUCGGUUUCUCCAUGCAAGAAAAGUCUCACACUGUAUACAGGCUUGCAGUUCAUCUGCCCGAAUAUCAGACUAUUCACUUCAUUGCUGGACAGGAGCGACAAUUCCUCGAACGGGCUCAAAACCGCUUCACUACGCUCACCGCAUAUUUAGAGCUGAAUCAGCUCUGCGAGAACAUGGCCAAUAGUGGUAUGGAAAUGGGAAUUGAUGCUCGUGAUCUCUAUUACUACCAAAUUCCCGAGCAUUUUACGUUCACUGCACGUGACGGGUGGCGACCUCGAAGAAGAGCGGGCAAAGAAAUUGGACGUAUGUACACUGUUUCACCACGAGAUGUAGAACGCUACAGUCUUCGUAUCCUCUUACUCAACACCAAAGGAAAGAAGUCGUUCCAGGACCUCAGAACCGUUGACGGACGCACUUAUGAAAAGUUUUCCGAAGCAGCAAAGGCUUCUGGAUUCCUUGAUGAUGACACGUAUUAUCGUCAGAGUAUUCAGGAAGCUGCACAGUUUCAGACAGCAGCAACGUUACGAAGUUUUUUUGCUUGCUUGCUCUGUUACUGUGAAGUCGCAAAUGCUGAGGAGCUUUGGAGUGAGUUUUCGGCACCGAUGGCUGACGAUUACAUCAACAGAGGGCUAGGAGCAGAAGAGGCUAUCGUUGUCGCCUAUUUCGACGUCGCCGAUCGGAUGCUACUGCUUGGCAGAGAUUUGGCCCAAAUUAUUGUGCCUCCUACGAAUCAAAGACCUUCACCUCCCGAGGUCCCAAUUGACUAUCAUCAACAUGAAAGUGAAGGAUCGCGAUUAUACGAAUCGUUGAAUACGCAUCAAAAGAGGGCUGCUGAUGACAUCCUUGCAGCAAUGAACCGCAGUGAAAGCCGCUGCUUUUUUAUCGAUGGCCCAGGUGGAACAGGAAAAACGUACCUCUAUAACACCAUUUACAACCUGGCCGUGGGGCAGCGACGUCAGGUGUUGUGCGUUGCUUGGACAGGCAUAGCAGCCAAUCUUCUGCCAGGUGGGCGGACGGUAACCUCAGCCUUCAAGCUCAACAUGGCCGAUGGAAAUCGCACAUCCUUGAUGAAACGCCAGCAAAAAGAAGCAAGACAACUUAUGGCCACUGAAAUUAUCAUCUGGGAUGAGAUUUCAAUGGCCCCAAAGUGCGCCCUUGAAGCCGUCGAAUGUUUGUUGCGUGAUAUCAUGCAGAACGAUAAGCCAUUCGGCGGCAAGUUGUUCAUCAUUGGAGGUGAUUUUCGACAAGUGCUACCCAUAGUAGAGCACGGACAGCGAGACGACUUCGUAAAUUCAUGUGUGACGAAUUCUGUUCUGUGGUCACUUUUCAAGACUCAUAGGCUUCAAGUUAAUAUGAGAGCUCGAGAAGCUGGACUUGAGUGGGCGAAUUUCCUCCUGAACUUAGGCAAUGGAAACGCGAACGACGACAAUGGGCGCGUUCAAAUUUCAGAGGAAUUCCGGUGUCAAAGAAGCAUCGUCACGGAGAUUUUCGGUGAAACUAUUAGUGCUGAUGAUACGGACCUUUAUGAACGGGCAAUUUUGGCUCCCACUAAUAUGAGUGUAAGGCAGCUAAAUAACGACGCUUUGCAACGAUUAUGCACAUCCAGUCCACAUGAUGAGCGCGUCUACAAAAGCAUUGAUGAAGCACUGUACCACGAAGGAAGUUCAGAUGAACUGUACCCGAUGGAGUAUCUAAACACUUUGGAACCCACGGGAAUGCCACCGCACGAACUUCGACUGAAGAAAGGUGCUAUUAUCAUGCUUCUGCGAAACCUUGACGUUCUCAAUGGUCUGUGCAACGGGACGCGACUAAGAAUAGAAACCCUUGGACGGUAUGUGCUUGGAUGCCGCUUUAUUUGUGGGAGUCGAAGAAAUCAACUAGCUGUAAUACCCAGAAUCGACAACUACUGGGAUAAGCAGUUGCCUUUCCGACUACGAAGAAGGCAAUUCCCCGUACGUCUUGCCUUUGCAAUGACCAUCAACAAAGCACAAGGACAGUCCUUCAACAAAGUGGGAGUGUAUUUGCCAGAAGACGUGUUCAGUCACGGACAACUAUAUGUAGCUUUUUCCCGCGUAAGGACUCCAGUCGGACUGAAGGUCUAUACACCACAUGAAUCAGUGAAAAACAUAGUCUACAAUGAGAUAAAACGAAAAACUUCCGAGAAACAUAAAAUUUUAGCAAACCAAUCACUGCAAGGAAUACGAAUGAACGUGCUCCGAUAUGAAAAGAGUGGUGACAGUGUACCGAAAAGUCCUGUUCUCAUGAUAUAUUUCACUACGUGGCGUUCAACAUUUCCUGAAGCGUGCUCCGAUAUGAAAAGAGUGGUGACAGUGUACCGAAGAGUGGUGACAGUGUACCGAAAAGUGUGGUGA